CCAAUAAAUCUCAUUUAUGUGUUUUACAAAUAAAUGACUCCUGUUUAGUAAAUAGUGGCAACUAAUUGACUCUGAAGAAGUGCUGUAUUUCAAAGUUACUCAGACAGAACUUGUGUGCGUUACCUAGUUUGGAAUUAAAAUCUGCCGCAAAAACAAUUAAUACUGUUUGGUAGAGAUUUAUUUGGUUAAUUGGUUUAACAGAAUUGACAUAUUUCAUUUUAACCGUAUAGGGAGUAGGGAUUGUAAGAACUAAUAACAAUCAAAAACCUCUUGUAGUCCAAGAAGCAGCUUAUUGGAUUUAAAUUGCUAUUUUAGACCUGUCGAGUCUAUUUUUGCGGCAUGUCGAGAGGGAUAAAUAAAAUAAUGUUGAACUUGAAAGUAGUUUGCUUAGUGCUAAAAGGCUGCUAACCAAAGGGCAUGGACUUUCUUACUGGAUUAUUGGGCAGAAGAAAAUAGUUCUUGCUACUGGACAUUUAGUUUAAUAAAACGUGUUGAAGAAAGAGGACUGUUAUUCAGAAAUAGUUUUUUUUUUUUUAUAUUUGGAGAAAAAACAGCGAUACCAAAUUAGUGAUACAUUUAGUAAAUAUGAAUGGACUUUUUCCUCUUUUAAUUUGCUGUUAAAAAAUAAUAUCAAGAAUGGAUCAUAAUUUUGACUACCUUUUACCAACUUGUAUGUUAAGGAGUAGAGCUUUAGGUAACCAUAGCAACGGAAUUAUGGAAAAUAAUUUAUUAGAUCUUGACAUUGAUAAUAUAUAUAAUGACACAUUGAAAGCAUUGGAGUCUGACACGUGCUCAGAGAUAUCUGAUAGGUCUUAUGCAGAUGCAAGCUAUUACACUCGCAUGAAGGUUUGGAAGUCCCCGUAUGUAGAAAAACAAUUCUGGUCCGAUCUUGAGGAGUAUAAAGCACCUUGGGAACGAAAUCGUGGCUCUCAGUUCGACAAGAGCUUGCAAGAAUUCCUGGAAUGGCCAGAAAACUGUGGCGGCAGUGACACGGAUGAAGUAUUAACUAGUAUGGACUUUAAUGAUGUUGCAAGGUUGAAACGGAAGGCACCGGACAGAAAAAAGCGCAUGCAAAGAAGUCGUACUUUGAACCAAAAGAGAAUUGCUAUUCCAAAACUUGUGGUGAACUCGGACACAGAACAACUGUCAGAUAGUGAUGAUGAAAAUGAGGAUCAUAGAAUUGACUUGAAAAUAACUCAUUCACAUUUAAGUCAGCAGCUAGAUAACAAACUUGCAAAAUUAAGCGUGUCUGAUGUGCCGAAAUGUAACAAAUGUAUUGACUCUGACUCUGAUUACAGGACAUAUUCGGACACAAGCUGUGACAGAAUAGAUCUAACGUAUCCCCAAAAGGAAGUUUACAAAGAGCCAGAUUUGAAAUCUUUGAAAUAUUUGAUGGCUUCCGUUUUGCAAAAAUCUGAAAAUAUUUCGAACAAACUUGCUCAGAGUAAGAUUAUUAGAGAUGUAGUCAACCAUAAUAGCAGAACAGAGGUUGUUACUUUUGGAAAUAAAAAACUUGUACGUACCCUUGGAAAGAGAGAGGGAGAGCUGGAAAACUUCCGGGACUUGCUCGAAAAAGCUCAGAAUUCACUGACAAUGAGUGAAGAGGCUGUGGAGUGCCUGCAAAAACAACUAGAGAAAGAAAGAUGUAAGGACAGAGCAAGAGAUAAGAGAGAUAGCAGUGAUGGAGAUGUAUCUAGGCUACGUCAGGAACUUGCCGAUCUCCAUGCCCAGUUGAAAGAACGCGAGAAACAGUACCAGUCUAAAUGUGAUGAACUAGACACAGUAGCACAACGGCUUAACAUCAAAGUGACAACGCAGGGUAACGGCAGUGAUCAGUCAGAUAUGUUACAGAAAAUACUGGGAGAGGUGCAGCAUUUAAAGGGAGCUGUUGAAUCCGAGAGACAUCUACACAUUGACAUAAACUCAACACAUAUGUCAGGAAUGCCAGAUGGAUCUCCGCCACACAAUACACAUAUAUCUAGAAGCGGUUCCCCUCCAUACUCUACACAUAAGCUCUCACAAACAGAUGGUUCCCAAACACAUGACCUAGAUGUUGUCAGACCAGGGUCUACUGUGAACCAUAAACCCACGGUCAUGGGUAAGAAUGGCAGUCAUAUCCCGGUCCGGCAUAAAUCAUCGUCCAGCUCGGCUCCAAACGAGUUGGUGUCUCUGCAUAACCAGGUGACAGAUCUCACAGUCCAGGUACAUGAUUUGAAGAACACUCUAAAGGCAACAGAAGAAACUUGUCACUGCCAAACACAGAAGAUGAAACAUUACAGAAAUAUGCUCAUUGAGAACGGGUUGCUACCAAGGUCAAGGUCAAAUAGUGUUCCUAAUCUCAUAAAGGACAGUCUGUCUCCGAGAGUUGAGAGAGAGAAGACAAGACGUCUGUCAACAAGGGCAUCUUCUGGUAGAUGUAGAAGCGUGUCACCAACACCUGUUGCAAGAAGACAAACAUUCAUAGAGAGUCCAGAGAAUAUUGAUAAACUUGUAAAGGAGAAUUCGAAGCUAAAACAGCAGGUGGAUGGCUACAGGCGUGUACUGAAGGUUUUCCAGAGUAGAAGUCCGAGCCCCAGUGAGGAAGGGAGCAGUCAGGAUGGGGAACCAGCCCCUAUGAGCUCUGAGAGUGCUAGUUGUUUGUUGAGCAGCUGGUUGGACAUGCUGGACAAGUUUCUUACAGAGCUUAGCCACUCGGACCAGGAGGGUCAUGCGCAAUGCCCAACAUCCAACAUGGAAGUAACUCGGCUAAGACGAGGUCUGGUACAAGCAAGGGGGGCCAUUCAGUCAUUGUCUGAGACUUCAUUAGUAGAGCAGGAUAAGCUUAGUGAAGGACGUCUGUCACCAGAUAGUGGAUGUUCAGAUAACCCUGCCAGUGCUCACAACACAUUAAAAGAAUCCCCUUCAAAUAGUCCAACAGGCAGAAAAUCAACCAGUCCAAGAUCUAAUGUAAGCAGUCCAAGGAAUAAUGUUGGAUCCCGGCUUCCAGGACAAUAUAAUGAUAAAUUUGAUAAUGGUGCACAGUCUAGACAAGUGCAAGGUUGUGAUAAUACUUCAUCUAACAAAAUGAGGUACCAGUCUAAUGGUUCAAGCACUGGGAGCCAGUCGUCUCCUGGUUCCGAGUCAGAUUUUGCUCAUAGAAGGAGGGAUGCAGGUGCUGAUCCAAGAUUAAGCAGUCAGAAUAGCUAUCAGUCAAUAGAAAGACUAAGGCAGUGCAGUGGUGUUCCAAAUCUCCAAAACUUUAGUGUGUUCAGUCAGUUGGAUUCUGAUGCCAGUGUGUUCAGCACUGCGUCUGGAGCACCAACGACCAAUGGUCUCCAGAAACUAGGAAAUAACACGGUGCCAAACAUUGAUAUAGGCGAUGGUGCUAUACGUGAACCUAAACAGUUGCAUAAUAAACAAUCGUACCUUGAUAAAUUUGAGCAAACUUUCUCGCCAAGUUUCCUAGGCGGUGAGGGUGAUGAAACCUUCGCUGAUUUCACAAAUAUUGGACAGCAGUCAUUAAUGAAAUUUGAUGAUGUGUCACUGUUAGAUAUCACAUCAAAUGACAAUCCACAUAACAAAACAAACACAGCAGAAAUGCAGGAACGAAUAAAAUCUCUUGAAGAUAUUAUCCAUACAUAUGAGGAGCAAAUUCGACAAAAAUCGCGACCGGAUAUGGACUCCUUACAACAGCAACUUGCAGAGUUACGAAACCUUAGAAUACAGUUAGAGAAGGCUAUGGCAAGGAAUGAGAUUCUAGAGAAACAGUUGGCGGAUUUGUACAGGUUCUCCGAGUCUACAAUACAGGAACUUAAAACUCAGCUUGCAGAGAGUGACAGUGAUGUCAGAGAAAAGGUGAAGAUCAUAACAGAGAAAGAGAAAAUAAUCUCGGAGACAAAAGUUAGUCUUGAACAAUACAGAGAUAACUCUGCAAGAGAUUCAGCAGAGCUGCAGCUGUGUACGGAUAGAAUUAACUCCCUUGAAUUUGAACUGAAGAACAGUAAGAAGACCUGCGAGCAGUUAACAGAGAUGUGCCAGCAACUGAAGACGGCUGUAGAACAAUACAAGAGAAGAUGUACACAACUUGAAGAUGAUAACAAGCAACAUAUUGAAGCUGUGUCUCGGUAUGAGAGCAGAGUAAAGGAGCUGGAAGAAGACGUAAUAUCUAGGUCGGAGCUUGGAUCACAGACAGAAGCCUUGAAGACGCGUGUGAAUGAGUUGGAAAGUGAUUAUCAGCAGUGGAGGGAAAAUGAAAACAAGUACAAGAAUCUGUUAAGUCAGACAAGAUUACAGGUAACUGAGUUGUCAGGUGAUCUGGAAGUGUCUCGAGAUGAGGUGAGAAAACGUGAUUCUGAACUGCACACAUUUAAAGCAGAGUUAGAAAAUCUCAGAGACGUGGUUGAAGAACAGAAUCAACAACUUGGUGAGAAGACGAGAUAUAUAGACGAGUUGAAGGGAGAAAUUGAGGACAAAAAUAACUGCCUGCAUGAGCAAGACACUGUCUGUCAGAAUCUCACAUCAAAACUGGAAAGUUUUUCAUCAGCAAACAGUAAACUGUCAACACAACUUGAACAGCAAAGGUUGACGUGUGCAGAUUAUAAACGUCAGAUAGAGAAACAAAACCUUCUCACAAAAGAUCUCAAGGAUAAAAUUGACAAAUUGAGGGAGGAAUUGUCUCAGUCUAUACAAAAUAGGGAAUCUCAGGAUAAGUUAUUGAUGGAGAGACAGAAAGAGCUACAGGAGUCGACAAGGUUAAAGGACAAAUACCUGUAUAACCUGAAGGUCACUUACAAGGAAUUCAGCAAGACAAAGAAGGAACUGAAGGAGGUUCAGAAGAAAUGUGAGGACACAAGUGCUCUGAACAGCACUCUUCAGACAGAACUGAGUGUACGAGAACGAUUGAUGGAAGACAAAGGAGACAUGUUGACGGAUGAUGACAAGCACAAUAUGAUCGGGGAAUUGUUGAACGAGCUCAAGUUGGCACGUAUACAGAUGACAAAGAUUCUUGAGCAGAAUGAGAACAUUAAACAGAAAAUGAUGGAAUUAAUUCAGCAGAAAAAAGAACAGCAAUUCAGAAGUCAAGGGACAGGACAGCUGGCAGGUAGCUCUAAGUCAGAGGACUCGAUGGACAGAUCACUAGCUGAAGAAAUACCAGACAUUAGCCACGGAGGUAACCAAACAUGGCCGCUGUAUUAUGAUCUGACCGGAGGUUUACCAAGAACAGACAACUUAUCCUGUAGUCUGCCAUUAAGGGAGAGUACUCCAGGUGGCCCUGCAUCUUCACAUCACAGAUCAAGGAAGAGUGACUUCCCUUCCCACCAGCCCAGAAGGAGUGACCUCCUGUCACAACCAUCACGCCUCAGUGACAAUAAAGCAAAAACAACAUCUUCAAUUCAGCAACAAAAUGAAGAAAGUAGUUCCAGAAAACUUGAGGACUAUGUAUCUAUGGAACUAAACCUAUCGAGGAAGUCAUUCACAGAGGAACCAGUACUGAGUUCAGGGAACCAUUUCAGUAUUCCUGGACCCAUCUACAAACAAGGCAUUACUGAUAAAUGUCUGUUGUACAAUGUAAAUGACUCACCAAAAUAUCUAGAAGGUUUGACGCAGGUCAGGAUUGACUCGGACAUCCGUUCCGUGUUUGCAAUAGGAAUGAUUGAUCAUUUUGAGAAGUUACGCAAGGAAACGAACGAGAGUAAUGUCAUAUUGAAAGGUCUGUCUACACGAGUCACUGAACGUCUCAAGGUCUUCAAUACAAUGCCAGCAUUGGAGAGUGUAGAGUACAGUGUAUUGAAGGAGAUUUCAUAUGCAACAGAGAAUAUGCGAAUCUGCCUCGACAGCCAGCUGUCUCUGAUUGGCUGUUUCUGGACCAGUGAAUUGCCAGCGCCCAAUGAGAGAGGAGAAUUUGUUAAUCAAAAGCUACUGGACAAGAAUGCUGCUCUUAGAGAAGAACUGGCCACUCUGAUGAACACAUUGGAUAUGAACUCCUCCGGUUGUAAAAGAAGUGAAGAUAUGAUCUGCAGAAGUUUGGAAUCUACGUUAGAUGUUGUGUCACGUGCCAGACAUAACUUGGAAUAUCGUCAACAACAGCACAGACGUUACAGUCCACACAGGAGUCCAUCACAUAGUCCUCGCAAAUAAAACAGUUACAUUGACACAAGGAUGUCUCGAGUGUAAACACACAGAUAAGAUACAGGGAGCUAUUUUGUCAAUUUGAUAAACAAUAAAUACUGUAAAAGCUACAAAAGCUGUUGACUGACAAAUGACAGAAGAUUAUUAUAAGUAGGAGAAAAGUGGUUUUGUAGAAAGUUUGAAAAUGUUCUGUGUAAAUGAACUUAUAUAAGCUUGUAGGUAGGGAUUCUGUGUACUUCAUUUGACCCAAAGAGAUGCAAGUCUUUCACAGACUAUACAACAAUUGAUGCUUAUCAUCAGACAGAAAUGUUAAGUCUUUGGAUAAUUGAUGUAUGCAAACAAGAAUUUUGCUUAUAGGCAAGUCAAGUUUGUGGAAUGAAGUUCAGAACCAGCUUUAUGUAACUGGAUUUACAGCUUGGAAGGGAAUGGGUGCUAAGAAAACAAUUUUUUUUAUAGCUUGACCUUCAGUAAUAAAGUGUACAUAAUUAUGAUGCAGUGAGUGAUAUGACAGAUGCAGAAUGUAAUAGUUCUUCAUUGGACAUGACAUAAUAUGGUGAAUGCUAGUCAUGAUAGGUUAGGGUAUAAGAAAUGUGUGACUUUUUUUUUUUUGGCAGGAACUAUUGACCAAAAAAAAAUUCUGCGUAGUAAUAUGGUACUGUGGUUGUGUACAUACAUUGUUGAAUUAAAUGUGAUACAUUGUUUAUAUAGCAUGUAGUGCUUGGUUUGUAGGUCUGUAAACCUUAAGCCUGCUAAAUUUCUAAAAUGGACUGUUCCAUCAUUCAUUUCGGGCAAUACCAUUUAUCAUUCGAAUGGGUUUUCACUGAAAAUUAACUGACUAAAUAGUGAACAGUGCAGACCACGAGGCUUCGACUGCACAAAUGUGCAGACUGAUCUUGGUCUGCACUGGUCACAAAGGCAGAAUCACUUGCCGCCAGCAGGCUAAGGGUUAAUAUAGUUAUGUCUUCCACCAGUUGUUUCAUGCCAAAGUUUGCAGUGAUUUUGUAUAUAUUUUUCUUGUUACAUUUUGUUAGUUAAUAGUACUUUUUUUCAAAGGUUCUAAUCAAUGGGCCUAAAUUUAUAAGGGUCUACAUAUUUUUUGUGGCAUUAUUAGAUUUAGCCUAAAAUAAAAAGAAUGGCCUAACCAUAUACACAGUAUUUAUCAAGUGAUAAAAACACUGAAGUCUUCCUUUUAUAAUAGACAUAUGUUUACAUUGCUCAAUAAUGGACUUGAGGCAGGUCUCGAACUCUUGUUCAUAAAGUCAUUUAUGCAUAUAAAAUCACAACCACCUGUGUUAAAUGAUAAUUUCAUCAUCAGAGAUGAUUUUUCUCGCUGUUCAGUAUCUAACCUGUUGGGAAGAGCAAAUUUGCUAGGUGUACAGAGGUUGAGAUGUACUUUCUCUUUAGGAGUGAAUUUCUAUAGAAAAUGAUAUUUUUGGAAACACUCUACCUAUCAUUUUCUGAGUUGUAAUAUACGUAGAAUAGUGCUUGAAAUGUAAAUCAUAUUGGGACACUUGAGGUAGUGCUGGGGCAUUGAAAUAAUUCAAUUUUUUUUUCAUGCUUGUAAAUAUAAGCAAUAUCAAUCUGCCUUUUGUGAUUUAAUUGCUCGGUUCCAGGUUUGCUGCAACAUAUUAAUUUUUAUAAGAAUAGAGUGGGCUCUGAAAGUCUUCGAAGUGAAAUUUAUAGAUUGUAUCUGACAUUAGUUAAUAACAUAAGAAGUGAUAUUAUUUGAUGUUCCUUUCAAAAAUGUCUUUUCAAAAACGCAUUGUUUCUUUUGAAGCUUUAUCAGGAGACUUUAUGUGAAGUUGUGUGUUAAAUUUAUAUCAAAGGCUGCUCCCAUGUGAACAAAUCAGUUUCAGUGUGCUUCAGUUUGAAUACUCAACCAGAAAUGUGUACGGAUCUCCCACCGUUAUAGUUUCAUGCAUCAAUAUUUUGUUGUACAAUAUCAUUAACAUUGUAAAUACUUUGUCCUAUUUAUAGUUCACAAGAGUUGUCUUGCUUUCUCCAUAAUUUUGUAUACCCCAACCAUGCCCAACUUUUUCUUUGUAUCAUUUUUCUUAAAAAUAUUUUGUUCUGUUUGUAUUUGCAAUCUGUGUUUUCUUCAUUCUGCCAUUGCCUCAAUGCAUACUAGUAGUUUCAAUGAUUAUCAUUGCACUGUAAAGUCAUAUUUUGAAGGGGGCUAAUUUUAUAGAUUUCAUAUCUGUGUCAGUCCAUUAAAUGAUUUUUGCAUUAGUAUUUUUAUUCAUUUUUGGAGACGGCAGUCCCAUUUUCAGUGUCUUCGUUUGUGGAAGUAAAGAAGGAAAAGUUUUUAUGUUUUCUAUUGGCUACCAUAUUAGGAAGGAAUUUUUAAUAAUCAGUGUCAAGCAACCAAGUUUUUUUUGAAAAUUUCACAUAUAGUAUCUCGAGCAAUACACCAAACUUUCGUUUCCUUUUCAGUAAACUGUACAUUUGUGUUUUGUAGCAUUUAUGUUAAAUAUUUAAAGACUCAAGAUCAGUUUUACUAUGGUGAACUUAUCCCCCGUUUAUAAGAGUAUAUGCUGCAUAAUUUUGAGGUUCAUGUCAUUACAUGCUAGAUGUAUUACAAUUUGACCAAUUUGGAUACUGAAAUGAUGAAACAAAGAAAUAAAAGAUAAUUUUGUUAUGUAA